AUGGCAAGACUUAAUGUUGUCUAUUUUCUCUGGAUUUUUUGUGUUACUGCAUUAUUUCAAAUCAGAUGUGAAGCUGCUCCAAAGGCUUUUUACACCGAGCAUGAUUCGAAACUACCGAAAUUCAUAUGCAAUGCUGUGAUUGACAUAGUCAAGAAAGAUCAUCAAGUUAAUACAGUAUCCAUGGCGAUUUUUAAACACAACUUUGAGUUAUCAAUUAUUGAUAAGACAUUGAAGUGCAUUCAGAAGAGAUUAUCAGUCAAUGUCAAGGACUUUCGAAUUGAACAGCAUAAACUUGAAGUUUAUGACAGUAAGGCAUCGAUUGUGAUUAUGAUUGCUGAUCGAAUUGAUAUGCUCAGAUUCUCGAAGAUCUUGUCUAAUCAACAGUCAUCACUAAUUCUCAAUCACAUGGCAAAAUUCUUCAUCAUCACAUCAACCAGAAACAGCCAAGUAGGACAAGUCGCAUCGACAUUCUUUCCUAAAGUUGGCAUCAUCAAUUUCAGUCUGGCAUAUGAGAAGGAUGAAGACGUUUUUGUGGAAGUUUCAAACCAUUUCACAAACUCAACUGAUGUCAUAAAUGCAACAUCACUGGCUACUUCUAAAAAGAAUCUUUGGAAAUGCAUCUCAAGCAAGAUUUUUCCUGACAAACUGAAGAACCUCAAUAGCUACACUUACUUAAUAGCAGACCAUCAAGUAAAGUCUCAUUUAAAUCUUACAAAGUAUUCAAAUCAAAUAGUCAGAAAAAAUAAAUAUUUUUUCGAAUCGGUUGCAAAACAUCAAAGUGCUAAUGUGCAAUAUGUCAUUGUAAAUACGACCGGGGAAUAUCCAAUAGAAAACAAGUUCAAGAAAACGGUUCAAACCCAAUAG